CGCCAUCAAUUCCCCGACAGAAGGGGUCCAGCCUCCCCGACAAUAAUGUUGACAGUGCAGGCAAAGAAUAUAGCUCUAUAUUCUUUGGUGCAGGGUCCCACGCUGGAGGAAGUCACUUCCGGGGAAAAAUAUCCCAUCAUGCAUCCUGACUGGAAAUUCCCGAGAACGCACAUGAGACCUAAUAGGCCAAAAUUCGCCAUUUUAUUCCGUGCUCAUUUCAAUGUAGCCAGAGCAUGAAAAGAAACAGCUUUCGGAGCGAAUUUUUCACGUUUUUGUAUAUUAUUGUGAUCCUGCAUAUAAAGCGCAACAUGUGUGAAGCCCGAAAUCAGUCGCCGCUGCUCAGUGAGCUCAGGCAGUACAGAAUAAAGAAUGUAGACAUUCCACAUGAUGAGCAAACUCGAGCCAAAGCAAUCGUGCAAGAUAUCAAGCAAAAAUUUCAACAAUACAACAGUGGAUCACCAUACAAUUUUAGACAAAUCUUCCAUCAGGGGAGCUCAUAUGAGGGGUUGAAGGUGAUAAAGGCAGAUGAGUUCGACCUUUUGGUUCCUCUUAACUUAAACAACCAUGACUGGAUAAUCGCUACUUCAAGUCAACAGGGAACCUCAGGUUAUUAUAUGAUCACAAAGCAGCACGGAUCAACUGUUACAACGUGUGAUAAUUUUACCGAGCAAGGUGGAUUAAUUCCAGCAAAAGUACGGCAGAACAUGCAGUCGGUGGUCCAAAGAGCCGUCAACAGCAUGAGUGAUAGAAAUUUUAGUAUCAACCUCAGGCCUACUGGCCCAGCCAUCACUCUACAUGUCGUCUACGAUCACGGCAAAGAAUUGUCCAUCGACAUUGUUCCUUGUUUGCAGCUGAACGGUCGAAGUUUUGUCGCCAAAAGCCCUCCUAAUUCGUUAAGAAAUACCAAAAGUAACGUGUAUGAUCGUAUGUGGAGAGAGAGUUUCUCAGAGCAAGAGAAGGCAAUAAUCACUCAAAUAGAUGGGAUGAAUGAAUGCCGUCGAGAUUGCUUAAAAAUCCUUAAGACAAUCCAAAAGAAGAGAGGCGUAUCGCAACUUGGAAUGUUGUCGUCAUAUCACCUGAAGACUUGCUUGUUGCAUCUUAACAACGAUCGGCCACAUCUUAGAUGGCAUCAGAACGACUUGGCCGACAGGUUUAAGGAUCUGGUGAAUAAAUUGAUGGAGUUCCUUGAAAAUCGUAACAUGCCAAGCUUCUUUUGCAGAUCAGUGAAUCUGUUUGACAGAUAUGAUACUGACUCACUGAAGAACAUUCUCGGCUGGUUGAGAAGGGCUAUACGAAGCGAUGAGAGCAUAAUCAAUCAACUGCUACAUGAAAGUUACCGGUCUGAAAGUGGUAUUGUGACGCCGACUUCAGAUGUUCCAGCCUCUUCUUGCGCAAGCACUAGUACAGAAACAGAGGGCGGAAUGUGUUCAGUGAAUUGAUACGGUCACAACAGCCAAGUGAAGGAUCAACACUUUGAAAGAUAAUGAUGAGAGUUGCAAUGCAAAGUAGAUGUCAAACCACAAUGUUGUUAUUCAACCAUAAUAGCUUAUACUACGGUACAUAUGGUACAACCUCGUACCAUAAAUGGUUUGAAUAAUAAAUGCUUAACUAUUCAUGUAGAAAUUAUAUAUUCAGAUCGUAGCAAGCUAUUUUUAAUUUCCCUUCUUGAUUCCCUUUUUUCUUUUGGAUGAAUAAAGCCAACCUUAUCCUGCGUUA